CGCUCGCCACCCGCUAUCCACAGCAGUUUCAGCCAGCCCGCCCGCCCGACUGACUGCCAGUGUCCCACCGCACGCCGAACCGUUUGCACUCAGAAGCGAUCAGGGAGCCCUUCUCUGCCUCCCUACCGGCCACCCGCUCGUAUACGCUCUCUCGUCGGCUCUCCGUCGGCUCUCGGCACCCCACUUUGCCCUUCCUCCUCGUCACCCACGGUCGCCCUCCCUCGUUUCCCUCGCCGACGCUCCGAUUCUGUCUCCCUUUUUCUCUAGCUUUGCACACACACACACACACACACGCGCGCGCAACUAUAGUUCUCUCUUUCCCUCUUGAAAUUUUCUCCCUCUCCGUCCGUAGCGCGCGGCGUUUCUUCGCAUCCCACUCUGUCCCACUCUGUCCCUCUCUCCUCGCUCUCCUCGACUGCCAGUCGAGUUACACUCGGCGAACGCAGCACGAGUACUCUGGCUAUCGUUCUCUCUCUCUCUCUCUCUCUUCGUCUCCUAUCUCCGUCGGCUCGUUCUCCGUCCCGUUUUUCCACCCUCCUACGUCCCGCUCUAUCUGUCCCUCUCUCUCUCCGACGUGUUUAGCCUCCCGCCUGGUUCCUCCUUCACGCCACUCUACGCUCCCUCCACUUUCCGCGCGACUCAACUCUCCUCGUCUCGCCACCGCAGCCAGCCGUCCUACCUCUCCGUUUUCGACUCCUCUCUCGUCUGUCGGUCCCGCUUCUCCCUCUCGCUCUCGGGAGUAACGCCGGUGUGUACUCCCGCUGUCACCUGAUCGCGGGACGCUUUUCGCGGGUGAGAUACCGCUCGGCCACCGAGUCAACCCAGUCUGCCGGCGCUCGCUCUUGCUCCGAUUCUUCCUUUUCGCUAUCUUCUCUCUCUCUCUCUCUCUCUCUCUCUCUCUCUCUCUCUCUCUCUCUCCCUCCCUUUCCCUCCCUCUCUCACUCAUUUUGUCCGUCUGUCCUCAUUCUGUCUCUCUUUUUCUCUCGCUCGCUCUGUCUUCUACUACUCCUCCUCCUCCCUCCCUCCCCACCCCCGCGCAGCCUUCCUCUACUCUUCCACCGCCGCUCUUCCUUCUGCCGGCCGUCGUCGUGGUCUUCCUUUACUCGCCUCGUUGCCGCGCGACGUCAACAUCGUCGGGCUGGUGGUUACCCGGUGGAAGACGAGAGCCGAGAAAAAAAGGAAAGCGAAGCACAGAAGAGUGGCCGCCACCGAGCAUCCGACGGCGCUCGUCCACGCGAGACCGGGUUGCGAGGACGAUCUCUCGCGCCUCUUCUUCCUCCUUUCACGGAUCUUCGCCGGCACGUCGCAGUCGUCCGAGGAGAGAGAGAGACGGAGAGGGAGGUGACACUUUCGGACGGACACGCGGCACGGAUCUCGCACACUCGCGGCGGACGCACGCGGUGGGACACGGAAGAGCGUUACAUUGCGGAUCGGUGACAGUGCCAAGAGAUCUCGUUUUUUUUCUUCUUCAUCUCUCUCUCCUUUUUCCGAUCGCCAUCCGGGCUCUUUGUCCCGAAAGCGGUUGCUUGGGCGCGGAUUUCGCUCCGAUCUUCGCCAGUGCGUGAGCGACCAUGCGUGUGAUCUCGAUGUGACAGUGCGAAGACGACGAUAUACAAGGGCGCAGCAUCACCUUGCCGUGGUCGUCGUCGCCAUUCCCGAAGGAGAACGCCGAGGCGUUUCUCAGGUGGCAUAAACCCGCGCAAGUGACUUAUCUCGUACGGACUACUUCGUAGUGAUACGAGUGAUCGUGGAUGAUUUCUACGUGGUGUAAUCUCUUGGUGUGAUAUCUCAAAGUGCGCUGGUCAAUGUCAAUGUGCCGUUCGCGAGCUAACGGUGAGCAGAACCCUGGUAGCGACACAUAAACAACGCACAAUAUGGCUAGCGCGACGACGAUGGGCCUACGUCGCAGAGCACCGGUGAACAGCUCGCCGACUCCCUCGGGCCAAUCAAUGUCCACGACGAGUACGUCGUCGUCGUCGUCAUCGUCGUUGUCGUCGUCGAGCAAGCGUUCGAGGAGCGAGAACAACAACAGCCCGUCCCACGGCAAUCUGAACUCGAUGAACGGCGGCACUCGGGACGAGCCGCCGACGAAGAAGUCCCGCGGGACUUCGACGAGCGGAGGGAAGGGUAAUAGCGCUUCCUGUCCCGCCUCCUCGUCCUCCAUCUCGACAAGCACGAGUAGUAUCUCAACCGAUAGCCAGAUCUCGAAGAGUCGUGGAACUUCCGUCUCGAGAUCGGCCACUCAGACCAAGUCGUCGUCCACUUCGACGGCUGCCAGCACGACCUCCUCCUCGACAGCAAACGAUAUAUCGAACGGUUCCGUGCUCUCGACUAGCUGGCCGACUAACACGUCGAACAUGUCGGACGUGCCGUCGUACGCUUCCGUGACCGGGCUGGGCUUGACGGGCGGACAAACGGCCGGCCUGUGCGCCGGAAGCCUCGGCAUGCCACCUACGCCGAUUCCACCCUACAUGUCGACCUCCAUGGCGACCUUCGUCGGCAACGCCACGAACCUCGGCAAGAGCUCGUCUGUCUCGUACCUCGACAUCUCCAACAUGACCAGUGGUUCCUUGGCCGCCGCUUCCGGCGCCGCGAACUCGUUAAACGGCGGAUACGCGACGGGCGGUACCGCCGCCGCCGCCGCCGCCGCGGUGGACGCGAAGACCGGAAUGGCGAUGUCCUAUACGGGGAUGUCAUCGCCGAAUAUGAAUGGCGGCGCGUAUAGCGUGCAAAAGGGUCAACAGCAACAGGGCCCGAAGGGAGUCGACGGGGCCGCCCCGUCGUCGAGAAAGUUUCAAAACGACGGCAUGUUCAACGCCUAUCAGCCGUGGGUGAUCAAGACGUAUGGCGAUCUGGCCAAGACCAAGACGAUCACCAUCAAGAAGUACGCGCGUAUCCUGAGGACAUUACGAGGCGAGGAGGUGAACAGCGCCGAGAACAGCAAGUUCCGCUUCUGGGUCAAGAGCAAGGGCUUCCACAUCGGCCAGCCGGAAGGCUACGACGCGAAAGCGGCCGACAGGAUUAUCGGACGUCACGCCGUCACGAGUCCGGGUUUGGAUCCGCCGCUCUACGUGCCCACGCAGCUGCCGCACAACAAGGCGUUAAAUGGCGCUGAAGGUACGGUUCCACCUGGAAGAGUGUACAAAAAAGUCGCGAUUGUGGAAAAUUUCUUCGACAUCAUCCACGCCGUUCACGUUGAUCUCGAAGGACGUCCUGGGAAACAUGCUGGUCAGAAGCGCACCUACAGAACAAUUACAGAGACGUACGCAUUCCUACCCCGAGAAGCGGUAACGCGAUUUCUGCUGGGCUGCACGGAAUGCCAACGGCGUCCACGGACGCCCAGUCCGACAAACUUAUCUAAUCAGCCGCAGUCUACGCAGUCAGCGGCACUAGGGUCGACGUCAACCCCGCUGAGUCCGAAUCCCGUUACUCUCGCGACCUCGUCGUCCUCGACGACGUUGUCCCCGUCGGUGCAAAGUAAUCCUAAGCCGCGCAACGGCCAACACGCAACGUCGGAGGGUAAAAACUUGCACAACUACAGGCACCAAAAGCAGCACAAGGCCGGCGGUGGUAGCGCCGCCGCUGACUCGAAACUGGAUAAAGACAAAGACGAGAAGUACAAUCCGCUGAGUAUCACGAAUCUACUGAAGAAAGACAACCCGGUGAAUAACAGUGGUUAUCUCGCGAGUUCGGACGCUUUGCCGGAAUCGAGGAGAACGCCGGAGUCGGAUCGAGCGAGCUCGAAGAGCUCGGCGUCGUCAAAGAGAAAACGGAUGCUGCCGGAGGGACGGACGCCCUCGCCGCAGCCCAGCCAGCCGUUGCCGAGACCCUGGAGCCCCGGGCUGGACCCCAAGAACACGCCCAUCGACUACAGCUUACCUAUCACCACUACGUACUUGAAGCAUCAGCAGAAGCUGCUCCAGGAGAAGAACAAGGAAACCGUUUGGAAUACAAUGAGAGAGGGAACGCACUCCGAAACGACGGAGUCGAAAGCCGUCUCGACCGUCGCGACGCCGCUCGUUGAGGAGACCGAGAGCGCCGAGAGGGAGAGGUUCUCGCCGGCCACCGGCCUGAUCGACACGAAUCUCAAUCUACUGGCAACUAUCCAGCAGCUGCAUUGUCAAGUGAUGCUGGCGCUUACCGCACGACUGCGACCGUCGUUGACGGUGCCGAAUCCGUUAGUUCUACCGUCGACGUCACCCAACGUUCUGGGAAGCACGAUGAUGAUGGGCACCGAGGUGUCGGUCCAGACAGGAGAGAAUCAUUCGUGAAUUAAUCGGCGCGAGAAGAGAAGAGAGAAGCGAACGGCCGAGCUUCACGAUGCUUUUUCACUCGGAGGUGCGUGAAUAGCUAUGAAUUAUGAUUAUCAUGGGAUAAAAAGAUUAGCGUUUCCCUGAGCGGAAUUAAUUCGCGUCGAUAAUACUGCCUGAGGAAGUCUCGCAUAUAUCGAGAUUGUAAUUCGUUUCGGACAAGCGUCCGCGACAAAAAAAAAAAAAAAAAAUUAAGCGCCGAUCAGACAAACGGAAGUCUGCAUUUACCAAAAGGACACGCGUUUAAAAUUCGUCCGCCCUAUUUGCAUUUCCGUCGCAGUCACACGCGGCUACACGAGGAGGCUACACAUCGCGUUACAAAAUGUCGAUCGCGAUCGCGCUUCAUCUUUAAUUCGUUCCUAAAUACGUAUCCGUUUGACGCGGACGAUUGCGAAUACAGUGACGGCUACUCAUCGGCUUUUCCCGCCUUUGGUCGCGAAGCGCGGAACGACAGAUAAACGCAAUUACAUAUUGAACCGGACGGGAUCGAUUAUCGUCGUUGUGCUCGUGUCACACAUUUCAUCCGAGCCGGGCCGACCGGCCUGAUGCUCGCUUGUGUCCGACGUCGUCGGUCGGCGCCCGAUAUAGACGGCGGGCCAAGCGAGCGGAAUAAUUCCCCAAGUCUGUCGAAAUACGGGUCGAUGUGUCAGGGAUUCGCGCGCGGUGCUUUCUAUGUCCGAUAUUUAGAGAUCCGUUACGCGGAGAGAGCGGAUCGCUAUUCGGCCGCCGCCGGACUCCGGUUCCGAAUCGAUCCGUCCAGGCGGGGCAAAAGCGACAGUCCGCGCGGCGACACCGCGAAGGUCCUGAAUAUUCAACGAGCCAGCGAGACGGGGAGGGAGCCCGAAGGGAAAAGAGAGAGAGAGAGAGAGAGAGAGAGAGAGAGAUAGAAAAGGAGAUCCGAUUUCUCGUUUUUGGGGCGUCAUCCGAUGAAUUCGAUAACAUUCGGCGUCGUUGUCGAAUUAUCUUUCAUCUUUUAAGGCGCGCUGCGAUUCGGCUCCUCGCGAAUUAUAGCGCAACUAAUUAUAACGUACUAUAAAAUGGGCGACCGACGCUCCAGAUGAACUCUUUGAAUUUUACGGUUCGUUUUUCCGUAACGGGAAUAUCCCGGCGCUAAUAAUUUCUGCGUUAUAAAUCAUAAAAACAGAUUGCGCGAAUUAAGCUUCGGGGUGGUAAAUAAAUAAUGCACCAUUGCCUGUCGAUACCGUUCAAUCUUUCAGGGGCCGGACUUUCUUGUGAACAGAAUUUUAUUUAAGGUUCGUCGGAGGCAAACGGAGAAAAUUUUUCCGCGGGGAAACAUACAUGUCGAGGGAUGAAGCAAUCCGUUUCGUCUUUUUGUACGUCCAUUUAAAGGGCGUAAUGCCUCUGCAAUAUCGGACGGUCUGAAUUAAUAUCGGAUAAUGCGCGAUCGGGUAACAUCUCAUUGACGAGGAAAGGCCGGUUGCAUCUAGUCGGUAUCUCGUUCUACCUUGUAAUCGUAAUAAUGUUAUCGCAUGUAAUUACACACAAUGUGAGGGUAUUUGAGGCGAGCCUGAGCGCGCGACUCGUCUCGUCUCGUCUCGUCUCGUCUUGUCUCGUCGCGUUUCGCUGAGAACCGGUUGAGAUCCGCUGUUAUCCGUGGUCCGCAAACUUCCCCUAUGUUGUACUAAUUAUUGUAUUAUUGUUAUUAUCAAUGCAAUGACUUUUUGGCGAGACUGCGUCGCGACCGUUUAAUUGGACACGUUAUUUCAGACGAAGAAAUAAAUCCGUUUUAUAUCAAUGUUGAAUUAAAGAUGAGCAUCAUUAUUAUAUUAAUAUAUAAUACAACUGUUUUUAAUUAUUUUAUUUAAAAAAUCUUUGUUCUUUUAAUUUUGCUUUUAAAAUAGAAAUAAUCAAACGAUAUUUCAGAUUUAUAUUGUUCUUUUAAAAUUAAUAUCAAUACGAUACUAAUUCAACUGAGAUUUACUUGGGAAAAGAGAUGAAUGCUUGUUUUUUCUUAUUUCGUGAAAAUUACUUGGAAGUGACUGAUAUAUAGUUUAGAUAUAUCAAUUUCGCGAAAUAACUUGUUCACUUGGCGAUCGCUGGAUCCGAUACCGACUCUAUACCAAAGGCAGCGUCACUUCGACCUCUCGCUUUGAGAGCGCCUCUCGUCUUCGUAGAGCAAACCGCAGGUAAGACGAAUCGGUUGCAGUUAGAAAUCGAUUGUUUCUCGCAUCGAGACCACGAUGAAACCCGUUUCGUGUCUGAUUGUGUAGCCUAGCCCCUCCUCCCCCUCAUGUAUGAUAUUACUCGAAGUAGCUCGUCUUUCGUGUAUAAUAUAUAGCGCGUCAUUAGCCGGUGAGGAAAAGCGAGGUACACCGGUAAAAUAGGCCUUGAGGUGUGCUUGCAGAAAAAGAUGUUUGUACUAGAAGUUCGAUAAUUGUCGUGAAAGUAGACAAGGGUUAAAAUCCUUAAGAAUGUCGUCUCGCAUUGGAUAUAUUAUAUAUACAUAUACAUAUUGAUAUAUAUGUAUCAUAUAUACGUAUACAUACAUAUGUAUGUAUAUAUAUUAUUUUGUACAUAAUCGUUGUACUAUAGUACGUAUAGUCUAUAUCAAGCCAAACCGCGCGAUUAUAUUAUUACUGACAGCGAUCAUUCUUUUACGACGGUAUUGUGUAUCGUUAUUAUUAUUAUUAUUAUUAUUAUUAUUAUUAUUAUUAUUAUUAUUAUUAUUGUAAUGAUCAUGGACUACUAUUUUUACUACCAUUGCUCUUAUAGCUCUCUCUUAUCGUUAUUUUAUUAUAAUUAUUAUUAAUUAUUAUCAUAUACAUGAGUAUUGUAUUACUGUAUUAAUAUUAUUAUAUUUAAAUUGUGCGCGCGGAACAAACGGAAAA